GUAGAUUGUGGAUGGCAUUUGAUAUGGCGACGCCCAUGUCUCUGGCACAUUCAUGGCAGAGAACAUCUGCCAAAUUCCUCAUUCCGAGAGACCGAUGUUUCGACCCUCGGGACUUUGCUAACAUCAGCAAGCGCUAACAGAGUCUGCUCCUUCAGAUUUACUGAUUAAUAAUCCUCCUCGUUCUUCUCUAGAUACUCGCCCGCAAAUACUCAUCAUCCCACUGAAAAAUCGCCGAUGGAGAACGAGCCCAGCGCUCAAAGUCAGGGGUACAAGACUAUGCGUGAACGGCAGAAGAAAAGCCCAACCUUUCUAUGGGUGAACAAGGACGAGGCUUCGCUUUCGUUAUCAUCGAGCGACCGCCGGGAAACACAACGUAUAUUCUCCUUCGUUCAACGUCAAAGAUCCGAUGCGAAAAGCGAAGUUUUGAAAGGGAGCCGUGUAUCGCGGCACGAUCCUACAUUAAUUCGCCGUCCUCGACCCUUGCACAUUAGGCCCUCUCGCCAUCCGACCAACACAUCGACUGCAAAUAGAUCUCCCUCACAGCCUGAGGUUGACGAUGGGGUCAAAACCCCAGUCCAGGAGUCCUCGCGCGAACACCCUCAGACAUCUAAGCGGGUCAAUGAUUUCAUCAGACGACAUCGGUACAGGAUCGAAGUUGUGUCGAAGCACAACUGGCUUCCAGGGUCCGGAGUCGAUCCUUUUUCUGCCACGCCUUUUCCAAUAACACGCCAUGUCGAAGCCCUGAUCAAAUAUUACUGGAUUUUUGCCAUGACUGGCGCCCACAACGACAAAACCGAAAUUCUCCCUCCUCGCCUCCAGCCUGUCAACCGAUAUACAACCGUCCGAGACAAUGCACUCCAAGGUGCUAUGCAGUCGAGGAUUAGAUUCGUUAGCAUCAUGGUGAUCAUGGCUGCGAGGAUGGUGCACAUCUCAAGGAUACCGACGAUUGGGUCUCCUCCGCCAGAGUACUACUUGCAAAUGACGUUACACGAAGUCCGGGGUAGAAUGAUGGAAUGUCAAGAUCAAGGCAUCUCAGACGAUGCAAGCCUUCUCCGUGCUGUACAGUGCCUUGCACUGGCAGAGUACAUCUGUCAACGCUACGACGCUGCCAACGUGCACCUACAAGCGGCCAAGAAGCUUCUGCCGAUGAAACCUUCCGGACACCCGUCUGAUGCUUUUACACGAGAGGGAAUCGUGAACAUUGACAAUUUGGUAUGCAUUGAAACAGGAAGGUUGCCGAUUUUUCCUGUUCUGUACGAUCCUGGUCCACUGGAUGAAGCCAGAAUGACCGCCAUCAGAGAGGACGUCAUGAAUCAUUCACGAUACAGAGUGGGAGCUAAUAUACCGUUCCCUUUCGGUAGCGAUAUCCCAGAUGCGACGAGACCGAGCAGUGCUUUCGUCUCUCACGAGGUGGAUAUUCUAGUGGACGCACCUAUGAUCCUUGACUGGGAUUUGGGGUCGGGAUUCGAACGAGCUCUGGCUGCAGGCGCAAUCCCACCGUUAAUGACCCCGAUUGUUCGAGACCUCCUUGAUGUACUUACUGUGGCGAAAUAUGUCUGGCGCACACCUGACGCCAGAAAAGAGGAUGCAGACUGGAUGUGCAAACGUGCACGAGCAUUCGUUCAUCAUUUGCUUCUUCUACCUGCCAACCCAGAUUUUGUCGAGAACACCAUCAAAUCGAGGAAGGCGGAGGCGCUCAGGAUUGCAGUCCUACUUAUGCUCAUCCGCUGUACAAAUCGGGUAUCUUUUCGGUCCGCAACGCCAAACAUGCGUCUCCUCCAGUGCGCAUUGUACGGCAUUGACAUGAAUUGGUCCAAUGACGUUUUUCGCCUUGACCAGACGAACCUGCCGAAAGACAGCAAGGACUCGUCUCCCUCGCCUUCAGUCUCGCCAGCGUCAUGCAGCAGCAGGACGUCAAGUCCUCUCCUCGGCCCCUUUGGGCCAGCUCUGCGUAGUGUCCAGACGAGACAGUACGACGAGAAUGAACUUCUCCUGUGGAUUCUCUUGACGGGGCACUUCACUGCACAGGGAGAGCCCGAGGAGGCGUGGUUCCUCGAGCGAGCCUCGUACGUUGCUCAACACCACCUUCGCAUUGAUACUUACGACGGACUGCACGAGUUCAUGGGCCGGUACUUUUAUUCAAAGACACAACAGAAACAUAGUCUCGAUGUUGUGGCGUUACACCUGUCGUUGUUAUGACAGUACAUGUUGGGACGACCUUUUGGUUAUUUGCUAGUUGUCAGGAGACGCCGGGCAACAUUUGUGACGAGAGAUGAAUGUAAUGGUGAUUGAUACCCAGUAAUCCAA